ACCGGGAUGCUAACCGCCUGCAGAGAGCUCUCGCAGCCAUGAUGCUUGCACGAUUCUUCUUUCUUCUCUUGUUUACAGAUGGGGCAUCAUCUGUAUGCAGUUACCGGGAUGUUGUCAAGUAUCUGAACCUAUCCGAAAACAAAGAUGAGUGGACCUUGACCCAGCCAACCAGAGACUCUGAGAAUUCAACGUAUAUAUACCUGGAUGUACUGCUCUACGCAAUUCUGGACGUUCAGGAGAAGGAGCAGCAAUUUGUCGCUUACAUUUGGGUUGAUGUGAAUUGGAAAGAUGACUACAUUUCCUGGAAUUCCACUGAUUUCUGUGGUAUUGAAACUAUAUAUGUUCCCACUGGAUCUGUGUGGACACCAGAUCUAACUAUUUCAGAGAUGACAGAGAAGGAUAAGGCUGCUAAGAGCCCUUAUCUUGCUGUGGUUUCUAAUGGUAUGGUGUGGUUGAGAAACGACAUGGUGGUGAUCAGCAGUUGCAAGAUGCACGUUUACAAAUUUCCCUUUGACACUCAGAAGUGCAACCUCACCUUCAAGUCUAUCAUACACUCUGACAAGCAUAUAAAGCUUCAUCAGCCCAGUACUGCUGAAAGGAUCUCGGCAUGGUCUGAAAAGAUGAUGCAGACCAAGGCUGAGUGGCUUUUCGUCAACAUGUCAUUCUCCAGCAAAACUAAAGAUAAUUUCGGUGUCAAUCAGAGCAUGAUUGUUUACACUAUCACCAUGAAGAGGCGACCCAUACUCUACAUUGUGAACUUCAUACUACCGAUUCUGUUGUUCUUGUGUCUGGAUUUGGCCUCCUUCAUGAUCUCGGACAGUGGGGGUGAGAAGCUCAGCUUCAAGGUCACUGUGCUGCUCGCUGUCACAGUGAUGCAGCUUAUUCUGAAUGAAAUUCUGCCUUCCUCUUCAUACAGGAUACCACUCAUAGCAAUGUAUUGCAUCGGUGUCUUCGGUUUGAUGUUGCUGAGCCUUCUGGAGACAAUUCUGGUGAUGUAUCUGAUGGAGAAAGACUCCACACCCUUGGACAACGAGGCAGAUAAGGACCGAAGCCUGAGUGAGGACUGUGAGGAGAAACAAGGCAAUGUCAAGUUUUGUAACUGUUUCAGAGACAUUAAGCUGAUUCCCCGUGGUUCUGCCUGUGACAUGUCGUCUGGUGAAACUUCAUCUGAUCUGCUGCAGGUUGCAAAAGAGGUUAGCCACAGCCAGCUGCUGGAGGGGUCCCAUGACUUUGAAAAGGAGGUGAUGAAAGCGUUGUCUCUGCUCCAGAACAGCAGAACAGAAGAGGAGAAGCUCGGCUACUGGACCAGAAUGACCCGGAAAAUCAACCGAUUUUUCUUCAUUUUCUAUAUCAUAACUGUCUGCGUGUUUUUAGUCUUUAUGUUGUGUAGUUGGAAUACAGCAGAUGAAUAACUGUGUACACACAAAGUUAUCCAACAGCCCAUUCUAUGAUCACAUUUAGUGACCUUUCCUUCGUCUCAUUACUCACUGACAAAGGUUCAAAUGAAAUGUAUUUGGCUGACUGACUCAACUUAGCUUUAGUUCAGUAUGAGACGGUUUAAAGCCCUUUAUUGGCUUUCCAAUUUGGUGAAUUAGGAAAAAAUAACACAGCGUGGGAGGAGAAGAGUAAUAUUCCAAGAUUGAAUUCACAAAUUUGUGAGAGUUAAGUUACAGAUUUGAAAAAAAAAACACAGAAAAAGUUUAACAGAGAACCUUAUCGCCUCUCACUUUUGCACCUCAGACAUCCCUGACCUGCAUCACGCCUGCCCGGCUCCAUCUCAUUAAUUUAUACUUUUCAAUCAGAUUUAGCAUUUGAUUAUUAUCAUCUGUCGUAAAUUGAUCAUAAACCUACUUCUUCAUUAAUUUCCCCUUAAGCAAACUUAACUAAUGAAGCGCUAUUACACCUCUUUACUUGGAGUGCGUGUGGUGUCCCCUUUUUACCAGCUAGUAAAAAGGGCAUAACCAGGAUGUUCCAAAGUGAAGCAACAUGGUUUCUAUAAAUACUUUUUUCCUUUAA